GGUUGCCAUGACUCCGCUGUCAACAGCCGAGCCCGGGACCGGAGCGGGGAGAGCAGGAGACAGCAACCCGGAGAUCACAACCCGACACGGCCCAGCAGUGCAAUCAGACAAAUGGCAGAAAAUGAAGACCGCACCCAGAAGGCUGAGGAACAAAACAUUGCAUCUGAGCAAGAGGAGCACACUUCUGACCAUGCCAUAGAAAUUCAUGAAGUGUCAGAUGAGGGUCAUCCUGAAGAGCCUGCAGGUGAAGUAGAUGAUACAAAAUCUGGAGAAUACAUUGUUGAGUUACCUUCAGAAAGUUCUGAAUUUGCAGAUAAUGAUGUGGGAACAACUUCAGUAUCUGCAGCUACUUUGAUUGAUGAAGAAACAGUAAAUAAAACAUCAGAAGAAAUUAUAUCAAUGGAGAGUCCUGAAGUUAUCGAUUCAACAGUUGAGGCAGAAAAUCCUGAAUCUCCAGAACAAAAGGUUGGGGAAAAUCCAAUUGACGACGUCACAACUGUUGAAAUGAUGGUAGAAAAGGAUGUUACAACAGAAGAGAUGGUGUCAACAGGUGGUACUGACAUGAGCCAAUCAGAGAUGGCAAGAGAAGGGCUUAUAAUUAUUGACUGUAGCAAAAUCGGAACAGAAAACUCUUUAGAAGUUGUCUCUGAUCAGUCAACUAUGAAGCCAGAAGAUGUGACAGUGAGAUCAGACACUCUAAUUUUGGACUGUUCGAAAUGCACUACAACAGAGAGCCCUACACCAAUUGUCUCAAAUGAGUGGCCAGAAGAAGAACCAGAAACUGAACCUGCAGUAACCUGUGAGGAAUUAAGAGCCAAGUUAGAAGCACAGAUAGCUGCUAUUGCAUCAGUGCAUGGUAAAAUUGAACCCGAAAAGACUGAGACACUAGUUUCCAAAGGCACAGAUGCUACCGAAUGCUUGGUUUAUCGAUCUCCACCAACUGCUGCCGACAGAGACUUAAAAAAGAGAUCAGUACUGCAGGCAUAUCCUCCGCUACCAAAGACCCCACCACCAGAUAUUGCAAGUAGUACAGUCACAGUUAAAGUUGCCCUACUUCCUACUGGUGAUGUUAUGACCGUGGCACUCCCCAUCUGCCUUACAACAGGGAAGCUAAAAGCACGAUUUGGAAAAGAGUUGAAAGUACCAGCAAAUAAACUGGAAAUAACAUGUGACAGCAAAAUAGCUAAGGACUCUGAAACGCUGGUAGACUUAGGAGUCAGACCACAUGGCUCUAUCCAGCUGGAACUGACAUCUGUUGAUCCUGAAAAACACCCAAUCAAACUAAUUAGACCACAGCAGGAAUCUGCCACAUCUGAUGUAAUAACUGUCACCAUUCAAAAAGAAGAUGAGACUUGUUAUUGUGUUGUGGUGGAAAUUGAAAGACGUCCUUAUCACAAGCCUUUUUUGGGUGGCUUCAGGCACAAGAUUACAGGAAAAGAAUUUCAUCAUGCAGGAACACAGACUCCGAUCAAAAAAACAAACUGUAGCUGUGUGGAGAGGUUCUGCAGGGAAACACAGACAGUUUCUGCCAAGAAUCAGUAUCAGCAAACAACAAAUAACACAUCUACACAAAUGACCAAAAUUGGCUGUUACGUGUCCAAUAUCACAGACAAAAUGGUUACUCCAGGAAAAUACUUCACUGCUGCAGAAUACCGUGCUCAGAGAUUGAAAGCGAAUUUGUUCUUCAGAUUCUGUACCUGGGUAAUUGUGCUGCAGACCCACUUUAGACGCUGGGCUGCUAAGAAUUAUGUUCAACAACUGAGGAUGCAAAGGGAUAGGAGGAUACAAUGGGAACAGGAGCAAGAACUGAAAAUUAAAAUGGGAAAGCAAGAAUACUUGAAGAAACAGUAUGAAAGAAGAAUGAAUCCUAAGACAAAAGAAGAUUUUGACCUACUCUUUAAUGCAUUGGAAGUGUGGAAACAGGAGGAGCUAAGUAACAUAAACCGUACUCUUACUGGACCAGAGAGAAAAGCAGCUCUUUACAUGCUGCUGGAACAAGAAGCACAGCUUAUUGCAUCAAUUUCUCGACACAAAGUUGAUGCUGCUAAGGAAACUGGACCAAAACUAAUUCAGAAUCUUUUGAAUAAGUGUGCAGAUCCCAUAAGGUGGAAAGCAUAUGAUGGGCGAGUCACUGAAAUGGACACACCGUUCACCAUCCGGGCCAGAGAGCUACGAGAUAUUUACAACAGUAUUAACAUGAAAUACUUGACCCAGGACGAGCGGCUGGAUGCGCUUUUGACACUGAAGCAUACUGUCAAGGAACAUGACUGUAAGUUAACACAAGAAAUUGUGGAAUUGAUUGACAGAGAGGCAGAUCUUCUCAUGAGACAAGUAAAGGAAUCUUACCUGGAAGGACUCAGACAGAGAAUAUCAACACUCUUUCUUCAGUAUGUCAAAACACCAACAUUUAACCCAGAAAUUGCCAGAUUUCUUAAGGUCCCACAGGAUCCAAUGCAAUUACGCAAAAAUAUUUACUUCUGUUCGAGCUGUGGAAGCUAUUUGCCAUCCACAGAGUUCCCCUUGUCACUAACUUCACAGACUCUUAAAAUAUGUCGGCAAUGCUUUAAGCUGAAUAAUGAAGCUCGACGUCGUGAAGAAUCGACCUUGUACAAAACAAUGCUUAAGCGGCUGAGAAAAACUGAGGCAAACUUUGAAGAUGGAUCCCGGCUGGCAUUUUUAUUACAGGAACAAGAUUUGAAACAUCUGGUUGACAGUAUUUGGGGAACACAAUCUGCAUUGAGCGCUACGAAUAAUCUGAAAGAUUUAACGAUGAUAAGGUGGGAUAAAAGGUUUGAGUGGUCUCCAUGGAACUGUAUCCUCCUUACAGAAGAAGAAGCUGUGGCCCAUCUUAAACUCAACAAUAUUGAAAAGGAUUAUGAGGCUACAUUUGUUCGCAAGAUCAAGCAUCGGCACACUUUGGGAAAGACCUAUUUUUCUCGGAUUCCUGAAAUAGUCAAUUAUGCACACACUUGCUUGAUGCAAGACUUGACUUCCAUGAAUGACCUUGUAGUUACAAACUCAUUUCAUUCUAAACAGAAGUUGUAGAUCUUUGACAACCUUGUUGUAAUGUUUAAUUUCAAUUAAAAAUGUCAAAGUUGAUGAAUAAAAUGUUGUAAUUCAAUUCCAUUGGCAUCAAUUACAAGUGUAUAUCCCUAUUUACGCAGUUUAUUGUUCAUUAAAUUACAUGAAUCUUGUAGACU